UUUAUUGUAGGAGUGAGUACCUUGUUGGAGAUCAUUUCACAGUUUUGAACUUAAACACUCUGAAUGUGUCCUAGUUUAUUUCCCUGUUGCAGAAAACUAUACGUAUAUGCUUUAAUUACCUUACAUUUAGUUUGCUUGGGCUGCAGUGCAUGUGAAAAACUUCAGCUGGCAGGAGGUUAACAUGUACCCAUGCAUCUGUUGCCUAUUAAUGCAAUUCCAGUGACAGAGAAAAACAGGGAAAGACUAUUUAUUACACUAUCCAUUCAAUAAUUACAUUUGAAACAAUGAAGCCGCAAAAAAACACUGACACUAAAGCUAUGGAAAUGGAAAAACUACAGCGUGAACUUAACAGGGCAAAACUUAACGAGCAACGGCUAAUGGACCAAAACACGGAGCAGAAAAAAAGGCUCGCCAAACUAGUUACAGCAGAUAUCGCUUUAAAAAAGGAAGAGGGUGAGGUUACUCUACUAAAAAAGAAAAUUGCUUACAGGGACAGGCAUGUAGAGAAGUUAAGGAAAGACCUACACAAUAUCAAAACUGAACUUUGGGACGAAAAGACCAGCAGGGCCAAUGAGAAGACUAAGUCAGAAGAGAUAAUUGAGCUUCUCACGAAGGAGUCUCAGGAAUAUCAGAACAAUUUCUCCGUGGAGAAGACGUUCAGGGAGCAGAAGGAGAAGGAGUUAGAAAAGUUAAUUAACACACAGACGGAGAAAAAAGAUUUGAUCUUGCGUGUGCAGAAAUUGCGUCAUCAGGUGCAAGAGUUGACAGGGAAUAAAUAUUAUGCCCUCAAAAAAAUUGAAGAACAGAACCAACUGUUGCAAAACAAGGAAACAGAUAUGAAUUUGAUAACAGAGGAGUUAAUUAAAUUGAGAUCAUAUGCACAAUGUUGCAAAGAAGAAGUGGAAAAGCUGACUCCUUUUAAAGACAGACUUGAGACAGUACAAGAACAAUGUGAGAGACAACUGAAUGAACUUAUAAGACAAAAAAAACAAAAUUACAUCUAUAAGAAAGAAAUACAUCUCUUAUCAAAGGAGAUCGGGAUAUUGACAAGCAAGAAUGAGGACUUGACUAUUUUGUAUAAGAAACUGGAAAACAAUAUGGAAAUUGUGCAGCAAGAAAAGAAAACCCUAACCGUGCAUUCCAAAAAUCAGAAAAAAGAGGCAGAGAAACAGCGUAAGCUCAUAGAAAACCUGGAAAGUGAACUGAAUAGCUGCAGUGAACUGAAAACCAAUUUCCAAAAUAAGGAAAGAGAGGUCGCCAAGAACAAUAUGGCCAGAGACAUGGAGAUUAUAAAUGUGAGAAAUCUGAUUAGUGAAUCAGAUAGCCAGAAAAGACGGCUAACAGUCCAGAUUGAGGGUGUCAGGACAGAAAAAAAAAUCCUCACGGAGAAUUUCUUCAAGGCUCAGGAGGAAAUGGGUCAGAUGAACAAAUUGAUUCGAAAACAGCAUAAUAAAUUAAAAGACAAGGAGCGUGAAGCCGAUUCAAGGAGCGCAGAGCUGGUCAUGGUAAAGAGGAAAUUGGAUUCUCUGAGGUACCAGCUGGAAAAAGUGAGGGAGCAGCUGGCAGAAACAAAGAUGGCACAGACACUGUCUGUAGUUUCUGCUGAUAAGGUCCAUCAGCUUGCUGAGAACACAUUGGCCAAGAUCACGGCAGAGAAGGAGAAGUUAGAGCAUGAGGUGCAGCAGUAUAGAGAACAAGCUGUGCAGCAGAAACGGAUGCUAAACCUCCAGGAUGCUGAGAAGGCCACGCUAGAAGAAACGGUCAGGGAAAAUGAAGGUACAGUCAAGUCUCUCAGGCUGAAGAACAAGAGACUUCAGCUUGAGCACGACAUCAAAGUCACAAUACUGCAGCGGCAUUUAGCCAUUUCACGCCGAGAUAGAAUUAGGUGUAAAAUGCCAAAUCUAAGUUCCUAUCUAAAGCUGAUGUACAACCAGCAGAGGCAUACCCUGCUCUCUAUGAAAACUCAAGACGUUCAACUUCUGAAAAAGAAGAACAAGGAGAUUGAGGAGCUUAAGUGCAAGUUGGCAAGGCGACCAGACGACGCAAUACAGAAGUACCAAGAGUGUCUGUGGGAUAACAGAAACCUGAAAGAAAAGGUAAUGGCAUCACACGGACUCCUCAGAGCGUACGAGGCGAAGAACAAAGAAGUAGAAGAGGAGAACAAAAGGCUGACAGAUGAACUGAGGAAGCUCAAGUUGGAGCACAGGCAUUUCCACUUGCCCCCUAUUUCCAAACUGCCCCUGCAGGACAAAUCAAACGACCCGUAUGAGUCUGGGCACAUAUCACGGCACACCCUAGCGCUUGUUCGCUUCCCACUAAAUUCCGAGCGUCAGUCAGAGUCUGAAGGCAAGCUGAAGUUCGAACUUCCUCCCAUCUCCAAUAGUCUCCAGUGCCAAGGAAGACAAAUCAGGCCACGUCCGCCACCUAAAAGACCAGCUCUGUAAACAUUAGCUAAAGUUCCUUCCAAGGAUGGGGAAGUGAUGACCCACCCAACACUACCUGUGAUAGGCUAGUGUUCAUUGCCUUUAUCAGUUAGGUUUAGGCAUGAGGAGUGAGACUGGUUAGGGCUACACCUUUUAGGGCAGCACUGUGACUCAGUGUCUAGCAUCGACCUCUCACAGAAAGGGUCCUGGAGGGUUCAAAUCCAUCCAACAGGAGCCUUUCUGUGUGGAGUUGGCAUGUUUUCCCCAUGUGUCUGUUUGGGUUUACUCCGGGUGCUCCGGUUUCCUCCCACAGCCUAAGACAUGCAGGUAAGAUACUAUACUUGGGCAGCUCAUGCUCGGUGGGUCGCCCACUAAUCGCAGGGUUGGUGGUUUGAUCCCCAGCUCCUCCUGCACACGUUAGUGUCCUUAAACUGAACCCCAUUUAAAAAAUAAACAAUUGAGAAAGAUAUCAAACAGUAGUGAUGUUUUAUAGUGUACGCCAUAUAUUAUAGAAUUGUACAGAUAUUUGCUGAAAAUGCAUGUGCACGGCGAUCACAAGCAGCCGAUGU